AUGCAUGUGUUGCUGUGCCGACAAAAGUAUUAUAAGCACCGGAAGAAGGCCUUCCUCAAUCCAGACAAAUAUGUGUCAAUUAUUAUUGACAACAUGGACCAGUCAAAAACAAAGCUACCAUCAUUUGCACAGUUUUCGAAGGUUGAUGCCCACCUCGCAAGACUGCAACAUCAUGUAACAGGUGUGCGUGUUCACCAUCUCGAGAGGCUGUAUCUGAUUACUUGGACUGAUAUACUACAUCCAGACUCCAAUGUUAUGCUGAACUCCUUGGUGUAUGUCCUUAAUGACAUAAGUCAGAGCAAUGAGGGUAAAUUGCCACCAACGCUGUACCUGCAGUGUGACAAUUCAGCAAAGGAUAAUAAGAAUGCGUUUGUGCUGAUCUUCAUGGCUUGGUUGAUUCAGCUGAAGGUUUUCAAAAAGAUCAAGCUGGGAUUCCUCAUGGUUGGCCAUACCCACGAAGAUGUGGACCAGUCAUUUUCUGUGGUAGCCACACAUCUAGGAAAAAUGAAUGUUACAACGCAACCCAUUUUAAUGCAGGCAUUGAGAUGUGUUACCUCUCCACCUCCUUCCAUACUUCACAUGACUGGGUUACAUGAUUACAAACAAGCAAUGGAGAAAUGUAGAGGCAUGUUUGUAGGGAUAUCUACACCUCAUCAAUUUGUUUUGCGGCAAGAAGGAUCAUCUGUCCAAAUCCGCUUCAAGAAAUGGCCACGACCAUCCGACAAGGAGGAGGUGAUAACCCUCCCCGCAGAGACCAUUCCUAGUUUGGCUGGAGAGGUCACAGCCCAGGCCAAUCCCAAAUGCAAAAUGGAAACUGAAAAAAUGAUGGGGGACAUGAGAAAGUGGGAGGCAAGUGGGAGGCUUUCCACUGAGGAAUUGGGAUGGUGGCACCGCUACCUUCGUCGUGUAGGGGUGCCUUAUUGCAAUGUGCCAUACGUUUCAUACCUUCCUCAGUACACGCCAUACUCGCCAGUAAUGUCAAGCAAUGUUAGGACCGCAUUGGCAGCCAUACAAGUCCAUGAAAAAAGGGACCAUGAGCAGGCCAAAAUGAAGGUUAAAAAACGGAAGCAUUGA